AUGUCGGCACCAUCCACAUCCGCAGCCGGUGCGGCCAGUAGCGCUGCCCCACCCGGCAAGCUCUCCCGCUCCGAGUUCCGACGCCAAAAGGAUCUCGAGGAGGACCGCAAAGCCGGCCGUGCCCCCGCAGAACUCGACGAGGAUGGCAACAUCAUCAACCCGCACGUGCCCUCGUACAUGGCCCAGGCACCCUGGUACAUGGACACCGGCUCGCGCUCGCUCAAGCACCAGAAGAAGCCGAUCGACCCGAACGCCGUCAAGGCGGGCAUCAACGACUGGUACCAACGUGGCUCCUCGUCAGUGGGGGACGAGGUGGUGGCAAAGAAGUUCCGCAAGGGUGCGUGUGAGAAUUGCGGAUCCAUGUCGCACAAGACACGGGACUGUCUCGAACGACCUCGCAAAAAGGGAGCGAAGAAGCUCGGCAAGACCCUCGCUGGAGACCACGCGCUGCAAGAAGUGGCAGGGUUGGACUACGCUGCCAAGCGAGAUCGGUGGAACGGCUACGACCCCUCAUCGCACAAGAAGGUCGUCGAGGAGUUCGAAGCGAUUGAAGCCGAACGUCGACGCCUCAAAGAGGAGCAGAUCGACAACGCCACCUCGUCCGAUCUUAAACACGCCAAGCGUCUUGCGCAGAAACAGUCCAAAUCGACCGAUCCCGACGCCCUCGAUUUCAGCUCGGACGACAGCGACGACAGCGACGACGAAAAGUACGCGGACAAAGCAGACGCGGUGGGGCAGAAGGUCGACAACCGCAUGACGAUCCGCAACCUCCGCAUCCGCGAAGAUCGCGCCAAGUACCUGUACAACUUGGAUGUCAACUCGGCGUACUACGAUCCCAAGACGCGCACGAUGCGCGAGGCGCCGAAUCCGAACGUUCGGCCCGAGGAUGCGGAGUAUGCGGGCGACAACUUCGCUCGUGCCCAAGGAAGCGAGAGUGGGGCGUUGGCGAAUCUGCAGCUGUUCAGCUGGCAGGCCGAGGCAAGGGGCAACGAUCUCAAUCUGCAGGCCAACCCAACGGCCAACGAGCAGCAGUUCCGCGAAUUCCAACAACGCAAGGAGAAACUGAGGGAGCAAACCAAGGGUAGUAUCCUGGACAAGUACGGUGGAGCAGAACACUUUGAUGCGUUGCCACGCGAACUGUUGACGGGCCAAACGGAGCAGUAUGUGGAGUACAACCAGGCGGGGAAGGUGGUGAAAGGGUUGGACAAGGUGGUGCCCAAGAGCAGGUGGGAGGAAGAUGUGCUGGAGAACAACCAUACGCAGGUGUGGGGGUCGUGGUUCUACAUGGAGGCGGCCGAAUGGGGAUAUGCGUGCUGUCGGAGUCGGGUGUGGAACAGUUAUUGUACGGGUGAGGCGGGGAUCGAGGCGAGCAAGACGACGUUUGCGCCCAAACCCAGGGCCGAGGUCAAGGAGGUGGUCGAGAAGGAGACGAAGCAGAGCAAGAAGCGCGAGCGCAAGCGGGAGCGGUCCGCCUCGGUCUCUUCGUCACGCUCUCGCUCUCGGUCUGUCACACCGUCAGAUGACAGCUCCUCAGACUCUGGAGGGCGUCAUCGUCGUCGUCACUCUCGCCGUUCCCAUCGUCACCGCUCGCGCUCGCCGCCGUCAAAGUCAACCUACGUCUCGCGCAAGGACCUGGGCAACGGCGACGUCUCCUCGCGUCUCGACCGUUCCGCACUGCAACGAGCGAUCGAGGAGGAACGUGCCAAGCAGGACCCGGCGCUGGCCGCCAAGCUGGCCGAGGAGAAGCAGCGGCGCUUCGAAGCGCUACCCGACUGGGUCAAGGAUGCGGAGCGCAUCAAUGCCAAGGUCAACGGCUCCAGGCGCGAAAGGGGAGGGGAGACAGAGGUCACCGAGGAGCAGCUCGAGGCGUACCGCUUGGUCAAUCGCGAUGGCAAGGGCGGAGUCAGUGAGGAUCCCAUGGCGAAUUAUAGGGACGAGGAAGAUGUGUGA